AACGGAAUGUGCCAGCACUCUUUUUCACAAUAAUAGCCCUAGCCCAACAUCGACACACCCAUUACCCCCACUUUAGUACCAACAAGAGAACAUCAUCAUUUGACGAAGAAAACAAUCAAAAUGGCGUCUUACAAGUUAGAAUAUUUUGAUGUUCGUGGCCGCGGAGAGGUCACACGUAUGCUGUUAGCUUUGGCCGGCAAGAAAUUCGAAGAUGUACGGAUCUCACUGGAACAGUAUACUGAUGAAUAUAAGAAAAAGCUUCCUUGUGGACAACUUCCUGUAUUUGAUGUAGACGGCAAGCAACUCGUUGACAGUGCAGCUAUUAAUUCUUACCUCGCUAGAGAGUUUGGGUAUUACGGUUCUAGCAGUUGGGAGGCCGCACUAAUUGACCAAGUUGUUGGCGUUGUUAGCGAUAUUUGGACCCCUCUUAUCGAGACAGUUUUUAUGCCAGACGAAGCAGCUCAGAUAGCAAAGCAGAAGGAGCUCUUUGAUGGAAAAGUUCAGGGUUUCAUGAAGUUUCUUGAAGAUGCGCUGUGCAAGAAUGGGGAGGGAGAUGGGUUCUUCGUUGGUGAUAAGAUCUCUCUUGCUGAUCUGAAUUUUCACACCGCCAUGGAAAGUCUGGAGAAUCUAAAAUACACCGACAAGAACUUGGAUAAAUAUCCCAAGUUAGCAGCCCUCCGAACUCGCAUCUCUGCCGAUAAAGGCCUCUCUGAAUAUCUCGCUGCAAGACCGACGCGUCCUAUAUAGACUAACUAUGAUGAACAACCAUGAACAGGGUCUAAUGUGUAAAGAGUAAGCACAAAAAGAAGCUAAGCCCAACAAAAUAAUAAUGCUUUCCAGAAUAAGGUUACCAGCCAAAUAACAUUGUUCGACAUGUACGAUUUAAUUGUGCCUGGUAUCCUGCUCAUGCUUGUUAGAAAUUUUGUUAAGCAAUAUGCCUUUUUGCUGCUUAAGCAGCUCUUGAAGCUGGACCUUGAAUCUUGAUUGGACUGAACGCUGCAGUAAACGAGUUACGUUUAUUGUAACAUACGCCAUUAAAUAACUCAAAAUGUUACAAGAAGCUUUAUUGAUUUUUUGUUUUCUUACUAAUUGUUAUUUUUGAGUUUUGAGUAAGUGAAAGGGUAGGUACACCCGUAUAAACUAUUUCCAACCCACCCCCCCCCCCCCUUGCUGUCUCACAUG